AUGAACGACCACGUUAUCGACUUAAGACAGCGGCGUGAUACCUUGGAUGAUCAUUUCGGCGAUUGGAACUGGAAGAAAACAAUGACUCUUGGUCGUACAUUAAAGCGCAAGAUGGAAGAAGCCAUGAAGUGGAAGCGCGAACAUCGUGCAGCGUUGUGGGACCUAGAAGCCACUAUCCAGCCUGCACUGCUGGAUGAGUGGCGAUCAGCAAUCGAGAUAUGGGAGGAGGACAACACAAGCCCAAAUCCAUUUGAAAGCAAAGUUGCCUCUAUUAUGCAGGCUGCAGUAAGAUCACAGCUUGCGGAGUCGGAAGCACAAGAGCUGCAGGCGGGGAUCAACUACUCACUCAAUGAUGAUGUUUCGCCUAGUGUGCUUAUCAGUAGUGGGAUUGAAUUAGAGGAUAUGCAACAACGGCUCAAACGCGACCUUGCUGACCUCUCACUUCAUCCCACGGACAAGCAAAGGGAAGCUAUUGUUCACAGGAGCAACACCUUACAAAGACGUAUUGACUCCUGGACCCGCUAUCAACAACUUUAUAUGCCUAUUGUCUCGACACUGUGUUUGUCGGCUGACCCAAGUCCAAACACUCCUCAAGCAAUAGCUCACGACUCCCUCAAUGAACUCCGCUCCCAUCUUUGUCUACGUUCGCAUAUGUACAAAUUCAAGGACAAGAACUUACGGGGCCAAGCAGCAUCCACGCACGCCCAGAAUUUGAUUGCACACGUUGAAAUAAAGAAAGAUGCAGCGGUGGAAAAAUAUAAGCAUGCACAUCGAGCGCUGGAGCUGUUGGGUCGUCGUUUGGAUAUCAUGGGCUGGGAGGAAAGGCUUCCCCCUCUCAAACCUGAGGACAUUCGACCGAUGGGCGAUUUUGCAGGCGGCCACACUCAGGGAACCGGGACAAUCUCGUGGAUCUGGCUUGUAAUGGAAGGCAACACCAGUUGCUCUGAGAAUGAGCGUGUUCAAGACUGUGUUUGUAUAGAGUGGUGUAAGGCACGUGCACAUGCUGCUCGAUGGUUCGAGGGAGUGGAGUUGUUGGUUGAAGAGAUGAGACAAGUAUUAACCUUUCUGGAGUGGCAAGGCAACUGGUGGCAUCAGCGUGCGACUCUGCACCCAUUGGAGAAGACUGCCGAGCAAGAGGGCUUGCAGGCAUAUGCAUACCGUCAGGCCGCCCUCCGUUCUGCUAUGCGAAACUCAUUCGAAGGCCGUUGGAGCUUCAUUCCUCAACUAAAUUCUGGCCCCACAGCCUCUAUGCUUGUUAAUGACAAUGACGGUCCUUCUAUUGACGUCCCUCCCUCAGCCAUGGACAUUGAGUAG